AUGGCUAAAAUCUGGUGUACUUCGAUGAUUGCGAAACCUACAAGAUUGGUUCUGAAUGGGCUAAAGAAAAAGGGGUUUGAGGUCUAUCUUGUAGGGGGUUGUGUUAGAGAUCUUAUACUGGACAGAACUCCAAAAGAUUUCGAUAUAUUAACAUCAGCUGAACUUAGAGAGGUGCUAAACACAUUUCAGCGGUGUGAAAUUGUUGGAAGGAGGUUUCCUAUAUGCCAUGUGCAUAUCGAUGAUACCAUCGUGGAGGUUUCUAGCUUUACCACCACCAUGAGGAAGUUUAAGAGGAAUUCCUAUAAUGUUGUUCGAAGACCUCCUGCAUGCAGUGACACUGAUUUCAUUCGCUGGAAAAAUUGCUUGGGGAGAGAUUUUACUAUCAAUGGAUUGACGUUUGAUCCAUUUGCAAAGAUAGUCUAUGACUACUUGGGUGGACUGGAAGAUAUUAGAAGGGCUAAAGUGAGAUGUGUAAUUCCUGCAAGUGCUUGUUUCGUUGAGGACUGCGUUCUUGCAACUCGCAUUUUGCGUGGAUUAAGGAUAGCAGGCCGUUUAAGAUUCUGGUUUGCUCGGGAAACAACCCAUUCUAUAAAAGAAUUAGCAUCUUCCAUAUCUAGACUUGAUAAAGGAAGGAUCUUGUUGGAAAUGAAUUACAUGCUGGCAUAUGGUUCUGCAGAAGCUUCAUUGAGAUUAUUGUGGAAAUUUGGACUUCUAGAAAUUCUUCUACCAAUCCAAGUGGUCCUGUUUGUGCUUGACUCACUUGUAGUGUCUAGUUACUUGACCUUAUUUGGUUGUUUGAAUCAAGUUCUGUCUAAUGAACCAUCUCUUGCACCUAGGACAGUGCCAUGA